UGACGGUCCAGCCUUCGCGGAAGCCGCGGCGCUUUGUCACUCCUAAGUCGACCAUUCCAUUGAGUAGUCCUGAAAUAACUCGCUACUAGACUCAACUCAACUGGAUUGGCAUCUCGAUACAACUCGGGUUUUUCGAUAAAAAAUCAGCCCGAUAUCUCCGUCCUGAACCAACCCGUUUUUGUAGCCUGACUUUUGGCGUCCGAAUCCAACCUACUUUGAGUGUCAGUUCAUUCAAUCCGGGUUCAAUAUCCAGGUGAUCCACAGGGCCAACAUUUUCUGCCUGUGCUAAAGUCCUCGACUCAGCUUGCGAUUACGAGUGUCUGUAGGGUUCAGACAGCAACUUGGCGCGCGCGAGCCGUAGCACUACUCCGUUCUCUCCGCUCCCUAUGCCUUAGCCCGGCAUGCGAAAAACAUGUCGUCAUCCGCGUCCCCAAGUCCCUCAGCUCCCACUCUCUGACUUGCUGAGUUCUGCCGAGCGCCGAUGCCUCCCUCGAAGCUAUCUGAAACGACUCUACCCGCCGAAUCUAGAUCAUCUAUUCUCUUUCAACUCGGUAUGCGCUGCUCCCAUCCUUUCCUCUCAUGGGCAUGGGUUGGGUUCCAUUUUGGAGCCGUUCAAACAGUGGUGCUAGCAGUAGCAGCGACUGCUAGUCAGUUGUCGUCCAAGCAUAAAGAUUAUUGAACAGAUUGCAAGCAGACACCAUCAUUGAUGCCUUGAUUACCAUCCAUAGGAGUCGUCUCGACUCAUCAAUUGCUCGGUUCCGUGCUUGCUGGCGUCUAGUUUAUUCGAGAUGAUCUAUUAUUAUUACAGUAUCGGGACUCGCUUAGUAUCAUCCAAGGCACGUGCAA